CCCCACAUCCAUUGCUCCAUCUCACCCUCCUUAGCUGUCCCCUGAUCUUUUAGCCCCACUCUUCACCUGCUUUCAGCUCCGCCUUGCACCCCCUCUGCUCCACCUCACACCUCCAGCUCCACUCCACAUCCCUUCAGCUCUGCCCCACACCUCUAUCUGCCUCCUGCGUCUCCUCAGCCCUGCUCAUGGUUGUGGCUGCGCCGGUCAGGUCUUGCCCCGUGCCCAUCACCCCUUUCUUCCUUAGGCGCACCCUGUGCCUCUUCAGCUCCACCUUGCUCCUCCUCAGCCCUGCCCCACACCUCUAUCUCCACCCUCUGUCUCUUGCCCCACACCCAUACCUCCAGCCUGGCUCCUUAACUCCACCCCACGCCACCUAAGCCCCGCCCCUGCCCUCCUUAGCUCCGCCCCACACUUCUAGCUCCGCCCAGCCCUCACCUCCUGCCCCGCGUUUCCCGCUCCACCCAAACUCAUCCCUGCGCCCCACAUCCCUCGCUCUGCCCGCGGGGCUCUCCGUCACCCUGCCCCAUAUUCCUCAGCCUGCCCCACGCCUUUCCCCUCACCCCUGCGCGCCGCUGGAUCAACCCCGGCUUGAUGGCCAGGCCUGGGGAGUGCUGGGGAAGGGAGCCAUGGAUGCGCUGCACACUGCCGGGAUCCGCCUGGCGGAGCUGCUGCAGUCCGGACCGCCCUGGCUGGAGAAGUUCUGGCUCCUGGUGACUUCCCAGGCCGAUCCCAAGUGCAUCUUCACCGUCUGCUUCCCCCUGGCCUAUUUCCUCAGCCGCAGGGUGGGGAUGUUGGUGCUGUGGACUGGCCUGGUGGCCGAGUGGCUCAACGUGGUCUUCAAAUGGCUGCUCUUCGGGGAGCGCCCAUUCUGGUGGCUGCACCGCUCAGGGCUCGCCAGCAGGGAGCUGCUCACCCUGCGCCAGUUCCCUGCCUCCUGUGAGACAGGCCCGGGCAGCCCCUCAGGCCACUGCAUGAUCACAGGGGCAGCCCUCUGGCCGCUUGUCUCUGAGCUGACCACGCUGGCAGCCAGGCACUCCAGGAGCCCAGUGCUGAAGCUGAUCCCUUUUGGUGCCUACAUCUUGCUGCUGGUGGCCGUGGGGCUCUCUCGGGUCUUUGUCCUGGCCCAUUUCCCCCAUCAGGUGGUCUCUGGCAUCCUGACAGGGGCAGCCCUGGGCUGGUGGCUGCAGACUCACAGCCCCACCAGCCGCCCCCCGCGCUUCUUCGUGGCCGCCGCGCUGGGGCUGCUGCUCAGCUCCCUCAGCCUGCACAGCCUGCUGCUGGCUGCCGGCGUCGACCUCGACUGGUCCAUCGCCUUGGCCAGCACCUGGUGCUCGGAGGCUGCCUGGCUCCGCCUGGACACUCGUCCCUUCGCCUCCGUCUGCCGGGACAGUGGCAGUGCCCUGGGGCUGGCCCUGGUCGCCGCCUGCCCCGUGCCGCGGGGGCAGCGGCUGGGCCCCCGGCAGCGGCUGGCCGGGGCCGUGCUGGCCUUGGCGGCCGUGCAGGGUCUGCAGCGCCUGCCCCAGCCGGGCAGCCUGGCCCUGUGGUACGGCGCCAGGUUCCUGCAGUACGCCGCGGGGCCCUGGCUGGUGGCAUCGCUGCUGCCGUGGCUCAUCCUCUCCGUCACCCCCCCGCGCGACUCCCCCCACUCCGAGUAGGGCCCCACCCGUGUGCCCCAGCAGAUCCUGGCGAGUCCUGCACCGUGCUUUGCCCACUGCCCGUGGCUCCUGGCCUGGGCACAGCCACCAACUUCGUGCCAAGAGGGCACCUACUGCACCCUGCCCUGAGCCCACAGGCCAGUUCAGCAGCCCCAGCCCCGGCAGCAGGACCCCCUAGCGUGGGGCAGGGUCUGGGCACACAGCCACGGGGUCACCCACGAGUGGCACCACCUCCCACUGCCCCUCCCCCUCGGCCCCUUCCAGCUGCCCCAGUUCUCCCAGUUCAGCUUCCUUGUUUGAAGAAGAGGUCAAGACCCCCCUGCACCCCCUGCCAGGGUACCCCUGUUUGGUGCUGGGGGGGCACAUUUCUAACCAAAUACAACCAAGUUACCAA